AUGGGAAAUAGAAGGAGACUACCGCCUGGCCAUCGUUACAGAUAUAAAAAAGUUUGGUUUGACAACACUGUUGAGGAAGGGAAUGCCAAUAGGAUACAAACUGGCGCUGAAAUAUAUGAGACACUACAAGCUUUUAGGAAUGAUUUUGGAAGACCUCUAGAUAAGGAAAGUAAAAGAAAAAGAUCAGAGUUGGAAGAUGAUGAGAUGGUUCAAGAAGAAGACUGUGAGGAAUCAAAUGAUCUCUGGCGGUGGAAGAAGAGAUCGAUAUUCUUUGUACUACCUUACUGGAAGGAUAUGCCGGUUCGUCACAAUAUUGACGUUAUGCACGUUGAAAAGAAUGUGUUGGAUGCUAUAUUGUCUAUCUUGAUGCAAAGUUCAAAGUCAAAAGAUGGUUUGAAGGCAAGAAAAGACUUAGAAGAUAUUGGAAUCAGAAGUCACUUGCACACAGAGAUUAGGGGUUCGAAAACAUACUUACCUCCAGCAGCGUAUUGGUUAUCCAAGAAAGAGAAAACCAUUUUCUUGCAAAGGUUAUCUAAGUUUAGAGGUCCUGAUGGUUAUUGUGGUAAUAUUGCGAAUAGUGUUUCAGUUAACCCUCCAAAUAUAGGUAGUUUAAAGUCGCAUGAUCAUCACGUGCUAGUACAGAACUUGUUACCAGCUGCAUUAAGAGGGUUGUUACGUAGGGGUCCUAGGAUUGCCAUUAACAGAUUAUGCAGUUACUUCAACAGGUUGUGUCAACGCAUCAUUGACCAGAAGAAACUUAUAUCAUUGGAGACAGAGUUCGUGGAAACAAUGUGUCAACUGGAGUGCUUCUUCCCUCCAUCCCUUUUUGAUAUCAUGUUCCACCUUCCAAUACAUCUAUCAAAAGAGGCACGCUUGGGAGGACCAGUUCACUUCCGCUGGAUGUAUCCAUUUGAAAUGUUUGAUAAGGGAGUAGAGGUUACCCUUUCAGAUAAAGAUACAGACAUUGCUCAUCACUAUGUGCUCAUGAACAUGGCAUCUAUGGAUCCCUUUGUUGAGAUGCAUUUGGAAGAAUUACAGGCUAAUGAUGCUCGAUGUGCUAGAAAUGAAACUUUGUUGUGGAAAAAUCAUACUGAGCAGUUUGCACAAUGGGUACAUUCAGACUCAACAAAUAGUCAUUCGAAGGAGAUAAGGUGGUUGGCAUUUGGACCAAGAAAUGUUGCUUUAGCACAUAAAGGAUUUAUCAUCAAGGGCCAGCGGUUUCAUACAUAUGCAGUUAAGCGGAAGACUCAAAAUAGUGGAGUAACUUAUGAAGCAUUUAGCAUGUGUAGAUCAAGUGCUCGAGAUAUGAAACAAGUUGCUGACAUGCUUACAUAUUAUGGAGUGAUAAAUGAGAUUUUACUUUUGGACUAUCACAUGUUCAAAGUACCGUUGUUUAGAUGCAAUUGGGCGUACACAGAGCAUGGGGUGAAGGAAGAAGAUGGCUUCACUCUUGUUAACCUUCACAUGAACCAAGCAGCUUAUCUGAAAGAUCCGUUCAUUCUGCCCUCUCAAGCAAAACAUGUUUUCUACUCUAGGGAAGAUGAUAAUUCUAAUUGGUACGUUGUUAUGAGAGCACCACCUAGAGGCUAUCAUGAGUUGGAAACAGAAGAGGAUUUAGGUGCUGCACCUUUGCCUGUCCAAGAAGUCGAUGAUCUGGGUGGUGAAGCUUCUGAUGAUGAUAGUAUUUAUGUUAGGGGUGAUUGUGAAAGAUUGUUAGUGGUAGAUUGA